CAUUCAUGGUGUAACAACCCUCAAGUAUUGCCUUAAAAUGAAGGUUUCAAUGACUGUAAUUCUCUCAGUAUUUUCAGCCCUCUUGCUGUCUGUAUCACUGGCAGCUAAUUCUGAUCCAAGUCUUGACAACUUUCUACAAUGCCUUCCAAAUAAUAGCCUUCCCUCUUACCCUAUUUCUGAAGCCAUCUAUACCACUGCCAACCCCUCUUUCGAGUCUGUUCUGCUGACAUACAUCAACAACCGUAGAUUUCUGACCCCAACAACACCGAAGCCACUUGCGAUAGUCACUGCCCUGCAUGAAUCCCAUGUCCAAGCGACAGUAGUUUGUGCAAAGUCUCAUGGCUUGCAGGUUAGAAUCCGGAGUGGUGGCCAUGAUUACGAAGGCCUUUCUUAUGUGUCAGAGGUCCCAUUCGUCAUCCUCGACAUGUUCAAUCUCCGAUCCAUUGACAUAGAUCUUGCCAGCGAAACGGCAUGGGUUCAAGCUGGGGCAACUCUUGGUGAAAUUUACUACAAUAUUGCAAACAAGAGUAACGUGCAUGCCUUUCCAGCUGGUGUUUGCCCUACAAUUGGUGCAGGUGGUCAUAUUAGCGGAGGAGGGUACGGGACUCUGAUGAGGAAAUAUGGUCUUUCGGUGGAUAAUGUCAUUGAUGCGAAAGUAGUAGAUGUGAAAGGUAAUAUCCUUGAUAGGAAGACAAUGGGGGAAGAUCUAUUUUGGGCCAUCAGAGGAGGAGGUGGAGCAAGCUUCGGAGUCAUUCUUUCUUGGAAGAUCAACUUGGUUCGAGUUCCGGCUAAAGUGACUGUUUUCAAGGUUGAUAGGACCUUGGAGGAAGGUGCAACUGAUAUCUUUUAUCAGUGGCAACAAGUUUCCACUGAGCUAGACAAAGAGCUUUUCAUCAGAGCAAUGCCACAAGAUGCCAAUGGAAGUGUCGAAGGUACAAAGACGAUUAGAAUCUCUUUCUAUGGCCUCUUUCUCGGACAAAGUGGAACCCUUAUUUCCAUGAUGAACAAGCGCUUCCCUGAAUUGGGUUUGCAGCAAAGCGACUGUAUCGAAAUGAGAUGGAUAGAAUCCACACUUUUCUGGUUUGAUUUGCCAAAUGGUACGUCCAUCGAUGUUCUCCUCAAUAGGCCUCGUGGAGCGCAAAGCUUUUACAAGAACAAGUCUGAUUACGUGAACCAUAUUGUUCCAAAGGAAGCUCUGGAACGCAUAUGGAAGAUGAUGAUCAAGGCCGAGCCAAUGUGGAUGCAAUGGAACCCUAUUGGAGGAAGAAUGAGUGAGAUUCCGGAUACCGCAACUCCAUUCCCUCACAGAGCAGGAUACCUCUUCAAACUCCAGUACUCCAUAAACUGGAGAGAAGAAGGGACCGAGGCCACAGACCGCUACAUAAGUCUGAUAAGAGAGAUGCAUGAUGCAAUGGCUCCAUAUGUCACCAAGUUCCCAAGGGAGGCAUUUCAAAACUAUAGAGAUCUUGAUAUUGGCAGCAGUCCGAGCAAUCAGACCAACUUCGAGGAAGCUAAAGAGUAUGGCCUCAAAUACUUCAAGGGUAACUUUCUCAGAUUGGUGAAAGUCAAGGGAAUGGUUGAUCCAGAUAAUUUCUUCAAGCAUGAACAAAGUAUUCCUCCCCGUUGGAUGUAGUAAAAGCCCUACAAGUCUGUAUUGUUUUGAAAUUAAGUUUAAUAUUGUGUAUUGUGAUUGUUUCAGGGCUUUUUUCCCAUAAUAAAACUGUAUUGCAAGAUUUCUUAA